AUAUGGAAGGAUGGAGAAACCAAGUAAAAGACAACAGCGCAUUAUAGAAGCAAUCGAAGAAAACGACUUGUUAGCACUCGAACAAUUGAUAUGCCGAGAUAAUGUAUCUCCCAACUUUUAUAUCAAUGGUACAACUCCCGUGUGUAAAGCAGCAACAGAAGGUAAUGCGGAGGCUUUAGCUAUUCUUCUUCGUGGUAAUUGCAUUCUUGAUACACCGAAUGUACGGGAUGAUGUUUGGCAGAGGAUGCCAAUACACAUUGCCACAUCCAAAGGACAUGUUGCAUUCCUAAAGCUACUUCUAGAACAUUUUCACGAUGUGAAUAUCAAAGACAGUGAUGGACGCACUGCUCUACACUGGGCAGCUAUAUAUGGAAACUCUGAUAUUGCAGAGAUUCUUUUAAAAGAAGGGGCUAAUGUAAAUGGCGCACAGCGGGAUGGUUUCACUCCUCUCUAUGCUGCUACUUGCUUUGGACAUAUUGAUGUAUGCUGUGUUUUGCUAAAAUAUGGAGGAGAUGCCAUGGUAUGUGAUGAAGAUGGGUGGAAUAUUCUCCACACAGCAGCUAAUUAUGGACAUUUGUCAAUUUUGAAACUAAUGUCACUCUCUGGACCAUGUUUAUCUUGCAGAACAGUGAAAGGAGAGAAUGCCUUGCACAUUGCUACAAGUAGUGGUCAUCUCAAAAUUGUUGAGCACCUUGUGCAAUGUGGCAUUCCACUGAACACACAGACACAAAAUGGUUUUACAGCACUUCACCUCAGCAUUCAAUUCAACAGACCAGCUAUAUGCAAAUUCCUGCUGCAAUCAGGGGCUGAUAUGUACAUCCUCAACAAUGAAGGACAAAGUAUAUGUUACUUAGUUGCUCUCAAGAUGGACACAAAAUUCAUACAAUUACUGUUGGAUGCUGGAUAUAAUUUCAGUACAGAACACUGGAUCCGUAGCAAUUCAUUCCCAGCUACAAACAAUAAGAAUGAGGAUAUGCAAAGUUAUAUCAGGAACUGUGCACAGUUUCCAUUAUCUUUACUCCAUCUUUGUCAGUUCAGAACAGCUCGUUUACUUGGUUGGAAUUAUAGGUCUCUUGCAGAUUCCCUACCUCUUCCAAAAUACUUAAAGGAAGUUGUAAAACAAACUGGACCAUAACCCAAAUAAUACUCAAUUAAAGAAAGUUGUAAAACAAA